UCAGACGAAGGGUGGACGACACAAGGAGUGCGAUGGAAGAAGUGCGCGCGACGAUCAAUUCGAUUUUGGAAGAGCAAGCAACUCUUGAACGAGAACUAGAAGCGUGCAGAAGUCGACUUGAGAUUCUGAGAGAAAGGAACUCCAUGUUCCAAGAAGAGCUGGCAAAGGCGGCUGCUGAUCGCCGUGCACCUGGAACUCCAUCUCCGCCAGCCACCGACAGCCGCGUCGGCUCGACAACCGCGUCCGGCCAGCAAAUGCAAAGCGCGGGACUGCAAGGUGGCGCCAAGAAUGGCGAGGAAGCGCAGGAGGGAGAUAGAUGAGAUGCAGGGGAGAAGAAGAUGCAUGAAAGCAAGAACACUUCAAGUAAUGCAGCCAAAGGAAGUAG